AUCUCGCCUGCUGCCCUCCAGUCACCCAUGGCCACCUCCACCAUGUCUGUCUGCUCUGAACCCUGCACUGAGUCGUCCUGGCAGAUAGAGGACUGCCCAGAGAGCUGCUGUGAGCCUAGCUGCUGUGCCCCCACCCCCUGUCUGACCCUCCUCUGCUCCCCAGUGAGCCCCUGCUGCCAGUCUGGCUGCUGCACACCCUCAUGCUGCCAAUCUUCAUGCUGCCAGCCAGCAUGCUGCACCUGCUCCCCCUGCCAGCAGUCCUGCGGUGUGACUCUUUGCUGCAAGCCUGUCUGCUGCACACCUGUCUGCUGUGGAUCCUCCUCAUGCUGCCAGCAGUCUAGCUGCCAGUCUGCUUGCUGCCAACCCUCAUGCUGUCAAUCCUCCUGCUGUGUUCCUCUCUGCUGCACACCUGUCUGCUGCAAGCCUGUCUGCUGCACGCCUGUCUGCUCUGGAUCCUCCUCUUGCUGCCAGCCAUCCUGCUGUGCACCUGUCUGCUGCAAGCCUAUCUGCUGCAAGCCCUGUUCCAGCAUGUCCCUGCUCUGCCGCCCUGUGUGCAGACCCGCCUGCUGUGUGCCCACCUCCUCCUGCUGUGCCUCCUCCUGCCAGCCCAGCUGCUGCCGCCCAGCCUCCUCCUGUGUGUCCCUGCUGUGCCGCCCUGCCUGCUCCCGCCAGGCCUGCUGUGGCCUCUCCUCAGGCCAGAAGUCCUGCUGAUGAUGGAUCCAUCACCUGGGGGUCCCUCACCUCUCCCCCUAGUC